AGCAAAGCAAAGCAAAGCUAGGAACAACAAGGAGAGAGUCGGGGAGGGAUUAUCAAUUCACUAUGCUAAUCUCCAUGUGAUAUGGUAGCGAGCUAAAUUGUCCAAAGUGUUUUUUCUGUACUCUUGAGUUUAUCGGUUUGUCAGCCAGAUGAAGGCCUAAAUCAAUCUAAGUUUGUGUUAGCAGACUGACGUUAGCUCCUGCUGCUAGCCUGGACUUCAAAUCACUUGUCAACAGCCGAUCGAUCCUGGACGGGAGUGCUUUCGCAAACAUUUUAUUUUUGUCCUGUUUCGUAACUCCACGUAGCGUGAACGUGUUCUGAACCAGCAGCACUAUUGGGAGAGUGGAACUAUGAUGGCAACGUGACAGGAGGGGACCCGCUGAGUCAGCUUAAACAGCAACCAUGGAAGGUACAGAGCAGCGCGACAGGGUGAAUGGCUAUUGCAAGUCCAAAUCCCCGCAGGACACGGUCGAUGUCAGGUGGACACCUCCGGAGGGAGAGUCAGGAGGUUCAGACAGCUGUGGGGGGACAAGUGUGUCGGAGCCGAUAGACAUGCAAGAGUUAAAGGCCAGGGAAAGUGAAGAUGAAGAGGACAAGAUGGAGAGGGAUGUAGUUUCUCCUUCUAAAGUCCUGAAAGGGGACCAGAAGAAAAAAGAUUGUCUGGAUCAGGAGAACAAACGCAGCAAGCAAAACAGCAGUGCAGCAUCCAACUACACAGACCUGUCCCAUACCUCGUCGCCCUCGCUGUCAGAACAGCUACGUCUUGGCCAAGAAGACAGCACAGGGUCUGGGAUCAGUGUGGAGUGUAAAGUCUGCGGGGACAAGGCCUCCGGCUUUCAUUACGGUGUGCAUGCCUGUGAGGGUUGCAAGGGUUUUUUCCGGCGAACUGUGCGGAUGAAACUGGAAUAUGACCGCUGUGAGCGUUCCUGCCGGAUUCAGAAGAAGAAUCGUAACAAGUGCCAAUAUUGUCGCUUCCAGAAGUGCCUGUCUUUGGGAAUGUCCCAUGACGCGAUCCGAUAUGGACGUAUGCCUGAAGCAGAGAGGAAGAAGCUGGUGGCAGGCAUGCUUGCAGAUGAAGUGAGCCUCAGCAAACCAGGUGGCUCCGACCUGAAGACCUUGGCAAAACAAGUCAACACAGCCUACCAGAAAAACCUCAUCAUGACCAAGAAGAGGGCCCGCAGCAUCCUGUCGGGAAAAACCAGCAGCAAUUCGCCGUUUGUGAUCUACGACAUGGACACGCUCUGGAAGGCUGAAAGUGGUUUGGUAUGGAGCCAGUUGGUUCCAGGUGCCCCCCUGACCAAGGAGAUUGGGGUCCAUGUGUUCUACCGCUGCCAGUGCACCACGGUGGAGACUGUGCGAGAGCUCACAGAGUUUGCCAAGAGCAUUCCAGGGUUUGUGGACCUCUACCUAAAUGACCAGGUUACUUUGCUGAAGUACGGUGUGCACGAGGCUAUUUUUGCCAUGUUGCCCUCUCUCAUGAACAAAGAUGGACUGUUGGUGGCAAAUGGUAAAGGCUUUGUGACUAGGGAGUUUCUGCGCAGCUUGAGAAAGCCCUUCAGUGAGAUCAUGGAGCCCAAGUUUGAGUUUGCCGUUAAGUUUAAUGCUCUGGAGCUGGAUGACAGCGACCUGGCCCUGUUUGUUGCUGCCAUCAUUCUCUGUGGAGAUCGUCCCGGGCUAAUGAACGUGAAGCAGGUGGAGCAGAGUCAAGACAACAUCCUCCAGGCCCUGGACCUCCACUUGCAAGCAAACCACUCUGACUCAGCCUACCUCUUCCCGAAGCUGCUGCAGAAGAUGGCCGACCUGCGUCAGCUAGUAACUGAGAACGUUCAGCUUGUCCAAAAGAUCAAACAGACUGAGUCAGAGACCUCGCUCCACCCCCUACUACAGGAGAUCUACAAAGACAUGUAUUAGUGUUCUCCAGCUCAAGACUGCUUUUAGCAAUACUGUUACAGACUGAAUAUAAUUUCAUGAUUCAACACUGCAUUCAGUACAAGCACUGUUCCACGUACAGGCAUGGAUUUAAACGUGCAGAAGAGGCAACGUCACAUAGUAGGGCUAACACAAUCAGUAAAGUCUUCUCAGCAUUACCCUCAGCACAGUGUGUGUGUAUAUGUGAGUGUGUGUGAAAUGAGCAUCUGGAAUCAUUUGCUGCAAGUCCUAGUUUCCCACAACGGUCGCUUAACAGAGUGAAAGAUUUGUUUUCUCGCCAAGGCUGCUCCUGUUACAUUCUAAUAGCAAAGCUGACCCCAGAGCAGCGUCUGGAGAGAGCUCCUCCUCGCUCACCUCGGCUCUGUUUGUCUGUGAAGGGAAAGCGUUUCAUGUUCUUAACACCAAUGUCAGAGUUGAAAUAGAAAAGAGCUGUAAGGUUUGAACUGUGCAAGAGUUUUCUUAUGAUGCCAAUGUCUUUUGGUAGAGUGAUUGUUCUCAGACUUUUGGUAAAGCUAAAGAUGCACAAAUUGUUUUUUGUUUACAUAAUCACCCUCAUCAAUGACUGCGAUUUUGCCAUUUGGUUAAUACAACACAAACUGGGCUGGCUCCAGCAGUGUAGAGCUCUCUCAAAGCAGCUUUCUGUGCAAUACCAUAUUUCAGGAAAUGUGGAGAUCCAAGUUAUAUAGGUUUUGUCUUAAAGCCAUCUACCCCAGUGGUAACUUAUGGACUAUGAUGCACAGAUUUUGUCUCUAAACUGACACUAUAAACACAUUACCCACUUGAGGACAAGGGACCGUAUGUUUUUCUUUCUUGUGACAUGCAAAGGAUCAUGAAUUUGCCAUUUUAUGUUUUUUUUUCUUAGUCCAUUCUUUGUAAUUCUGUUACUAAUUAUUUGUAAUUUUUGAUCAUAUUUGUAAGGCCAAAACAUGAAUUAUCAUCAUGUUUUAUGUAUGUGUUUUAUUUCUUAUUACAUGUCUAUUUAGUUUAGGUUGUACCAAAUAUAUCAUGAAGCAUACCAACAAAUGCUUCCUUGAUGAGGAAUUUGGAUUUCAUUGCUUAGCAGGAUUUACCUAAAACCAGCAUAAUGUAUCACAAUGUCAAUUUUGGGAAAAUGAAUGAUGAAUUAGAAAUCAACAUCCAGCCUCUUGUAUCAUAAGUCACUUCUGUAUUCACACAAGAUAUAAGCACAGUUUUGGAUUACUUUCCUUGUUGUUCUUGUUGGGAGAGCCACAAAGUGUUAAAGCCUUACAAUACUGUUGACAGGAUUCACAAGUUUCCUACUGUUUUUCUUCCCCUCAUAUUCUCUAGGACACUUUUUUUAACUGAACUUACUCGGAAUGGACUUAAGUAUUUCAGCACUGGUGCACAGUCACCUUCAGAAAUCUUCCCCCUGUACUCUUAAUCUGUCUUGAUCCCUAUCUACCUCUAAUGUAUGAUCUGUGACUUUAUCCCAUUGUCUCAUCUGAUCUCUGACAUUUUUUUUGCCUUAAAUCAUGCCAUUGGUACAUGUUUCAAAUUUGAAAUUGCUAAUGUGCCUUGUGCCAAUUUAGCAAAAGGUGUGGAUGGAUAAAUAAGAAAGUACACCAAAAAGUGUAUGUACGCUACCUCUAUGCCUGUUUGAGUGAUGGAUUGACAUAUUUGCUCACAA